AAUUGUCUUAGUUGCAGAGAAAUGUUAAGACAAUGUAAACUGAGAUGGCAUUGCUAUAGGUGACCGGAGUAUGUUCAGGGACCUGGCAAUAUGUAGUCAAUCAAUUAAAUGCCUUCAGUUAUGUAUCACUUUAAUUGUUAUAUUUCUCUAAAAAGAGAUUUAAUGUAUAGGAUUGAGGAAGACUUUAAUGCAACCGUGGGCAAGCGGAAGGAACAGUUUAAACAGAAACUGUGCUGUGAAAUCUUGGGACAAAUACAAAUGCCUGAAAGAAUGAUUCAAGAUAUUGAUAUAUCUCCAGGUAGCAUAAUCGUUACUGUGAUGCUGGUGGAUACGGAUGUGAAGACUGCAAAGGAAGUUAUUCCAGCCAUUGCUCAUGCUUUACUGAAUGGUGAUCUGAAUUUACAUGACCUGGAUAAUCAGAAAUUGAAUGUUCCACCACAGACAGUCACGAUCAUAGAACCCUACAGGCCUGAGAAGUCUAAUGUAGUGGUGUAUGCUGUUGUUGCAUCUGUUAUUGUGAGCAUGCUUGGGAUCAUGUCGCUUGUUAUAGGUGCUUUCGUCAUCAAACGGAAAAAAGAAACAGAAAAGAUGAGGAAGCAGCAGCUCCGAACUGUGACACUUGGUGUGCCUACAUAUCGUCAAUUUCAAUUUGAGCACUCGAUUGAUGGGACAGAGGCAUCACUUGCUCGUUAUCGCAGCAACUACCCUACCAUGGGUACAGCAGGCACCCUCAUGAUGGGCAGUGCAAUGAAUAUGGGAUUCACAUUAGGAAGCAGACCAGGAGUCAGGCAUGAAACCCAGAUUAUUAACAGUGAAUACCUGCAUCCAGAUAUUAGCUACAAUGCAUCACAGGCAAGUGGGAGGAAAAAGAAGAAACAGCCACAAGAAAUGCAACGGGCAGGCAGCCGAGGCAGAUUGCUAAACCGAGAGGAAACAGCAUUUGGUGAUCAGGAUUCUGGAAUUGUUGAUGGCUGUAUAAGUGUUUCUGAUGACAGGAAUCUGAGGCAAAGAAACAGGGACAAGAAGAAUUUAAAUGGAUCAGAAAUGGAUUUUGAUGUCUUACCAGGGACACCAACUGAUGACUCCUAAAACAAUAUUCUUACAUAUUGGGAUACUGUCAUAUUCUAUUCUUAGGUAAUUUUCUGUAUCUUGCAUGUAAAAUGAAACCUGAAUUAAACACAGACUGACCUUUAUAGAAAAAUCUCUCCA